GAGAGCCAUGCCAGGGUGACGCACAGGAGUUGGGAUCUGACUGGUGACCUCGGGACAGCAGCAUGGCAUCACCCAGGCACUAUGGACACUCUGCUCGGGAUAUUGCCAAUGUGAUGCAGAAGCUGCAAGAUGAGCAGGAGGCUGUGCAGAAAAGGACAUUCACAAAAUGGAUCAAUUCCCACUUGGCAAAGCGUGUUCCGCCUCUGGUGGUGACAGACCUCUUUGAGGACAUCAAGGAUGGCGUGAUGCUGCUGGCCCUGCUGGAAAUCCUCUCUGGACAAAAACUGCCAUGUGAGCCAGGCAAGAAGCUAAAGAGGAUCCACUGGGUCACCAACAUCGGUACAGCUCUCAACUUCCUUGAGGGUAGGAAGAUCAAGCUUGUGAACAUCAACUCCACAGACAUUGUUGAUGGACGGCCAUCAAUUGUAUUGGGGUUGAUGUGGACCAUCAUCCUCUAUUUCCAGAUUGAGGAGCUGACUUGUAGCCUACCAGCACUUCAGGCUUUGUCCAGCAGCACUUCUUCACUGGACAGCUCCACCAGCAGCACCGAAACCACCAGCCCACCUGUCAAAAGAAAACCCCUCCCACCUAUGCAGGGCGGAGCCAGAAAGGCACUACUAAGAUGGGUCCAGCAGACAGCCACCAAACGUCUGGGCAUUGAGGUAAAGGACUUUGGCCCAAGUUGGCGCACGGGGUUAGCAUUCUUUGCAGUUAUCCAUGCCCUUCGGCCCAAUCUUGUUGACAUGGAGCGUGUAUGGGGGAGGCCCAACCAAGAAAAUCUGCAGGAAGCCUUCUUAUUGGCUGAGACAGAGCUGGGUGUUCCACAACUUCUCGACCCAGAGGAUGUUGAUGUAGACAAGCCAGAUGAGAAAUCCAUUAUGACAUACGUAGCCCAGUUCCUGAAGCAUCAUCCUGAACGAAAGCAGAGCGACUCAGACGGACAGCCAGAAGAAGAGAGAGAGCAGCGAAAGAGCCUGAGGGAGCUCAAAAUGUGGCUCAACCAGCUGGAGAGAGAUGCAAUACAGGCUCAGGAGACUGAGGGCAAUCUCACUCAACAGUACCAGUUGUUCAAGAGUCUGCAUGUCCAGUUAGAAAUGAGGAGGAAGCAGGUGGAUGUAGCUUUGCAGUCCACUCAGAAGGAUGGGAUGCUGACUGUGGAUCAGGCUCUGGUCAAACAGGCCUGGGAAAGAGUCUCUAAUAUGCUCUUGAACUGGCAUCUGCAGCUGGACAGGUCUCUGCCGGCUCCUCUGGAUAUGGUGGGGGCGUGGCUGCAUGAGGUUGAAGGAGCCCUGCAACAAGAGAUCAUCGUCCAUCAGGCACACGAUGUGACAGCUACCACUGUGCACAGGGCUCUGGAGCAGCACAAGGAUGUGUUGAAGAGCCUGGAAAGUCACCAGCAGGUAUUUCAGAGGAUCCAUAAAGACAGAAGUGUUGAUGGAGUCCCUGUUCCCCCAGACCAGCUCCAAGACAUGGCUGAGAGGAUGAACUUUGUCUCUACAUCUUCUAGCAUCCACUUGUGUAGAAUGGAAUUCCAGGAAAACAAACACCACAUGCAGGGCUUCCUCACUCUAGCCGAGUCCAAGCUCAAAUCCUGGAUCAUAAAAUACAGCCGACAAGAGUCCGUGGAACUGAUGCUCCACAACUAUGUUGCAUUUGUGGAGAAGCAACAUUUCUUUGAAAAUUACGAGGCAUUGUUCCAGUCCCUGAAACUGUCUGCUGAGGCCUAUGUCAAUGCUGACAGCUCAGUUGACGAGGGUGAGAUGGGAGUGCGCAGGUUCAUGCGGGAGGUGGUGACACAGUGGAGGAGUUUAUCGAUGGAAGUGCGCAGUGUGAGGAGCAUGCUGGAGGAGGUGCUGUCCAACUGGGAGAGGUAUAGCUCUACUGUGGCCUGCUUACAGGUCUGGCUGGAGGAUGCAGAGGAAGCCCUGAGCCGGCCAGAAAACACAAAACAGGAGUUUUUCAGGAAUCUCAGCCACUGGAUAGAUCAGCAUGCAGCCAUGAAUGACUCUGGGAAUUUUCUCAUUGAAACGUGUGAUGAGACUGUGUCGCUUGAUCUCAAGCAGCAGCUACUUCUUUUGAAUGGACGAUGGAGAGACCUCUUCCUCCAAGUCAAACAAUAUGCCCAUGUAGAUGAGCUGGAGAAGUGGAGAAAAGACCAUCUAAAGGCUGUGUCAGCCCUCAAGGAGCUGCUGGACACAGCAGAGGCCAUGCUCAGUGUUCCAGUCCAGGUGUCUUUCCUCAACGUUAGAGCCUUUCUGCAGGAUGUGGAGAAUACCAAGCAAAAGGUUGUUGCCAUGGAGACACAAUACAAGUUGGCUGCCCGCAGUGCUCAGCUCCUUGCCAAGGAUGCGCCACAGGAUGAGGCUGCCAGGGUCAUGGCAACUAUGGCAACAGCCAAAAGUCAGCUGAGUAAGGUGAGAGAGCGGUGUCCCUCCCUUGUGAAGGAGUGUCAUGUCCUUCUGCCACUGUUGGAGGAGAUGGAGAAACACAUCACUGCUUUUUACCAAGCCCUGGAGCGGGCCAGUCGCAUCACUUCUGCUGCCAGAGACCAAGACACACAGACCCAGGCCCAGCAAAAACAAAAGUGGCAGGAUUUGUUAAACCAGCAGCAAAGCUGUAAACGUUGUCUGUCAGUGAUUGAGAGGAAUCACAACACACUGCAGAGGGUGCUCUCCACCAGUAAGGUGCUCCGAAACUUCGACCUGUCCCUGCUGCAAAAGAGAGUGGCUGAAAUACAGGGCUCAAUGCAGGCUUUGCUGAAGGAGGUUGGGGAAUGGAGAAGGCAGGAAGAGGCCAACAACUGCCUGAGGAGGAGGUUUGAGGAAUCAAGACAAGAGCUGGAGAGAGUGCUGAAGAAAGCUCAGGGCUGCUUGAGAGAGACUGGAGACGCUGAGGAAUUACUGAAAAAACACAGUGAUUUUUUGGGCCAACUGGACCAGCGGUUGCUGAGCGUGUUCUUGAAGGCGUGUGAUGAGCUGACUGACAUCCUACCACAGGAGGAGCAACAGGGGCUGCAAGAAACUGUCCGCAGGCUGCACAAACACUGGAAGGACAUCCAGGGCGAGGUACCGUCUCACCUGCUCCGUCUGAAAGUGGAGGUGGAGCGGAGUCGAGUGGCUGUGAUCAUACAAGACUGCAGAGCAGAGCUAGACAGAGAAAUGCAAGCCCUGUCUGGCACCUGUACCAGUGAGAGAGUAAUCAAAGAGCACAGAACUUUUUUCAGGGAACGCAAACCUCUGACUUUGUGUGAGAAGAGGAUUAGAAACAUGGAGGAUCUGUGUCAUAAUUUGCCUGACAACGACGCGGCUCAUCGAACGCUAGACUCCACCAGGAUUGCUGUAGAGGAGGUUACAGAGCAAAUCAAGAGCACCCACCUCAAACUGGAGCAUCACUCUGAUAAAUGGAAAGAGUGGAACGAGAGGUUCUGUGAGCUCUCUGAUUGGCUCUCCUCUCAGAAGAGGCAGGUGAGGCUUUUGCGAGAGACAGCAAGAAAUUCCAGCCAUCAGGAGCAAGUUGAUGUUGCUGUUCAGGCACUGCAGGAAGCAGUAGAUGCCCGAGAGGAGAGCCUGUUGUGGCUUAAGAGCCGUCUUAUUGGGCUGUCUGAGGUUAGCUCUGAACUGGAGGUCCAGAGACAGAGAACAGCCCUGGCCAAACUCUCAACUGACCUGCGGGCACUCUUUUCUUCACUCUGUCAGUGGGGUGAGGAGGGCUCUUCUAUGUUCCAGUACAAGGAGCUGAGGGAGGAGGUGUGUGGUGCUCUGGAGGAGGUUCUGAGAGUGCAAAGGGAGGCUGAGGAGCAGACCAGCAGGAUCCUGGAUGCUGAAGGCCUGGAGGAGGCCAAACAACUUUAUCUUAUUCACCAGCACCACCUAAAGCGCCUGCAUGCUAACCGGAGAGAGGCGGAGCUUCUGGUGGCCCACUGCCGCCAGCUGCAGAAAGGCGAGGGGCUCAGUCAGUCUCUACGGGAGCUGGAGGGAGCUUUCAGAGAUGUUGACCACAAAUCAGGGGCAAAGGAACACAACCUGCAGGCAACUCUGAGCUCCUGGCAGAACUUUGAAGCAGAAAGAGAAACAGUUUGGAGGUUUAUCAGUAAUACCAACAAUGAGCUGCACAAAGAACUCAUUUUUAACAGCCUGGAAAGCCUGAAAACUGAACUGGAGCAAAACAAGGAGCUCCUCACAAAGGUUGAGGAGUGUUCUGUGCGAGCAGAUCUCCUCCUGGAGAAGGCAGCAGAUAUUCAGCUUGGUCCGAAAAAUCUGACUCUUCUUCUACAGCAGGCCCAGUCCACCAGAGAAGCAGUCACACAACUUCAAGAUCACCUCAACAAGAAUUUUGUCCACCUGGAGAUGAUGUGUAUGUGGUGGGAGCGCUUUAGCAGGGAAUCAGAGGCCUUCUCUCUGUGGAUCAAUGAAAAAGAGAAGGAGCUGGAGGCUGUCAACUCCACCUCCUCCUUAGAUCCUCUGGACAAACACAUCAGCACAGUGGAUGCUGUGGCAGAAGGUUUAGAGGAGAGAAGGGCAGCUCUGGCCCACAUGGAGGCAGACUGUGAGGCCCUGUCGAGUUGUGUGACCCCUGGAGAGACUGGACGUAUCCGGUCACGACUUGCACAGAUAAGGCACUACUGGGAAGAGUUGAAGGGAAGAGCAGAGCAGCUGGGAGGACAGCUCAACCAGAGCGCCUCUUACUGGCAGAGAUACAACGAUAACCUUGAACAGGUCAAGAAAGCAAUGAGUGAACUUAAAGAGAAGUUUGACUGUCCAGUUACAUACUGUUCAUCAUCAUCUGAGACCUACAAAAGCCUGCAGGAUCAUGUGGAGGUCUGCCAGGCUGUUGAGCAACUGAACCCCAGGCUGAUGGCUUUGUGUGCGGCCAUGAAGAGGCUUGGAGAGGGCAGCCAGCUGGAGGAAGAGGUGGCUAACCUCCACAAGCAACAGAGAGAGUUUAUGGAAAAGGCAACAGAAAAGCAAUCCACAUUAGAGAGCCUUCUUGCACUGUGGCAAAGAUUUGAAAAGGAGAGUUCAUCCAUUAAAGGCUGGCUGAACAGGUGUGAGUCUGUUUGCUGUCCAGACACAGACCUGCUUUCUGCAGACAAAGUAAAGCUUAGGAAUGAACUACUAAACGUACAGGAAAUGCAGGGGGAGAUGGCAUCCUAUGAGGUUCUUCUGCAGGGUCUUGUCAAUCUUGCACUCUGUCUGUACCCCACGACGCCUGAAGCUCGUAUCGAAGAGCUCAGCAAUGAUCUUGCACAACUACAGGGAAGAUGCACUUCUCUGAAGAACAGCACAUCACACAGGCUUGAGCUGCUGGAGUCACAGUUGUCACAGCUGGAGCAGUUUGAUCAGGCACUGCUGACUCUGACCCAAAGGAGUGAACACUUCCUGUCUGGCUUGAGAAGUUCUUCCCAGGUUGAUAUUGCUGAUCUUGAGGGUGCAAUUAGUAGGAUGAAGGAGCAUGAGGUGCAACUGCAGGCACAUGCAUCGCUAAAAGACACACUUCAGCAAAGAGAGUCCUCCCUGCUUCGCUGCUCCACCGCAGAGGCCCAACAGCAGCUCCAGGGCUGGAAGGAGGAUUGCCUACAGCCCCUUAAUGAAUCCCAGCGUCUCCUGCUCCUCCGUAAAGACUGCCUGACUGAGUUAAAGACUUUUCUUGAAAAGCAUGGAGCGGCAGCUAUGGCUGUGCGCUGCCUUCACGAGGCAGUGGAGGGCAGUGGGAGCUGGGACCGCUCCAAAGUUGAAGAGCUGCACCGUGGAAUAGGGGAAGAGGCUAAAGACGUGGCCAGGCUUGAGGCUGAGGCAGUUGGGUUAGACGGGCAGCUAAGCAAGGCACACCUUAACCUGAUUGGUGCAGAGUGGCGAGGCUCCAAAGACGUGAGUCAUCCUCAGGGAAGAACAUCUUGCAGGGGACAGGCAGUGGCCCUAACGAUGGCUCUAGAGGAGGUGCAGAGGGGUUUGGGAUGGAGGCAAAGUGAAGCAGACUCUUUAGGGGCAUUAUGGAGCUCCUUCAGGGAGAGGAGGGAGGAAGUGAUGAAGAAUUUGAAGAAACUGGAGGAUGAAGCGAGGCAACAGGGGGCUAGAGAGAGCUCUGUACAGGCCUAUCAAAACAGGUAUGUUAAUGGCUGCGUUUUUUUCGUCCAGCUGGAGGAUGAGCUCCAGUCCCUGCAGCAUUCCCAGCGGUGGUUAGAGGAGAAGGGAAGCCAGCUGGCCCAGAGAGACAGUGAGCUGGCUGGGGAGGCUCUCAGAGAGGUAGCACUGGUGAAGACAGCCUGGGAGAACGUCAGGACUCUGAUCAACAUUGGCCAGGAACAGAGUGGAGUUGUGGUAGAUCUUCUCCGCCAGUUUAACCACCUGAAGUCAAUCCUCACCACUGUUGUAGAGAAUGCUCAAGCUGUUGCUCACACUCUGCCCGACCACAACCAUAAUGCUCAGGAAGCCAAAAGGACCUACACACGACAUGACACGGCCCAAGCCGAGCUGAGAGAAAAACAGGAAGACAUGGACCAGCUCAUCAGCACAGUGGAGGACCUACAGAGAGAACUGGAGAAGGUUCCCAACUCUGAUGCGAGCUCCAUCCAGAGAGACAUGGAGACAUUAAGAAACCAGUGGCUAGAGGUCUCAGAGAGAAUACAAACCAACAUAGAAAGACUGGGCUACUGUGUAGCACUUUGGGACGACCUCAAGUCCAUGGAGCAGGACAUUAACCAGUGGGCUGCCAACUCCAUCGCUGAUCUCACCGACAGUGUUACCAAUCUCAGUGAUAAAGAGCUAACAGAGGCCCAUCUUGCCAUCUUUCAGGCUGAGGUUGAGAAGAGGGAGCAGGGACUGGAUGCCCUGCAGGAGAGAGUGACUGAGCUGAAGGAGCGAGCCAAACUGCAGGAAACCCCUUUACAAAUGCAGGUCCUGGAGUCAGACCUGAGGAAGAAAAUGGCCCAUGCGCAGGAGGUGUACAACCAGGCCAAACACACUCUGACCUACUUCAGUUUCCAGAAGCAGCGAUUGGAGGACCUCAUGUCCCAGAUGGCCAAGCGGCUGGUGGCAGUUGAGGGUUCCUUAUCUGACCUCACUGAAGCUUCUUCUCCUGAAGACAUUGGAGAACUUCUGUCCUCAUUUGUGAUCCUGUUUAGGAGGUCAGAGUUCAGACUCAACUACAUAGCAGCAUCCUAUAAGCUGGCAGUAAUUAUAGCUGUAGGACACAUUUGCAAGGUGGAGACAGACCUGCAGAGCAUUGUGCAGCAACAGAGGGCAGAUAUGGACUUGGCUAGAGAUGCUCUGAGUGCCCUGUGCAGGUCUCAUCCCUCUCAGGAGCUGUCAUGCCUCUCCUCUGACCUCACCUCUAUUGCCAAGCGAACAGAGGCUGUUGCCCAGCGCUGUGCCAAGACCAGAGGCAGCCUGCAGGAUGUGCUACAGCUCCACUUCAACGCAGAGCUCGUCCAAGACUUCCACUCCUGGCUUACAGAUCUGAAGUUGGAGCUGAAAGAAUGUUCUAACCAAUCGGGAGAUGCUGACAUCCUUAAAGCCAAGCUACAAAGGCUAAAGGUGUCAGUCGAGCGGACAUCAAAGGGUGAGGAGCGUCUCUCUCAGGUUUUUGAGGAAGCCAAGAGGCUCCAGCUCCACCUGCCUAAAGCUGGAGCAGCACAGGUCCAAGAGCAUCUCUCCUCCUGUCAGAGACAGUGGAGGAACUACCUCGACAGCUGCUCUCAGAGCCAACGAGACUUGGAAGAGAGUAUUGACCUUCUGAAAAACUUUAAUGACUGUGUGGAGAGUAUAAGAGAUUGGCUGAAGCAGAUGGAUCUCAGCCUCAGGGGAGAGCCUGUUCUUGGGGCAGAGUGCCAGCAGGGAGCCCCAGACACCACAGAAGAGCUGGAGAGAAUGGAAAACCUCCAUAAGGAACUGCUUGCAAGAAGGGACUCCAUCGAGCGUCUCUGCCAGGAGGCUCAGUCUCUGUCUGAAGAUGGCCGGGGGUCAGGAGGAGAGGUCAGAGUGACAGGCCAGCUCCAGACGGAGCACCAGGCCCUGCUGAAGGCAGCCAGGGAGAAGCUGCGAGGCUGCCAAGAGAGCCAGGCCUUUGGAGAGACCCUCCAAGGGGUUUGGGCCUGGCUGGAGGAGAUCCAGGAGAGACUGGGGACAGUAGACAGCACCAUGGGGACCAAAGAACAGUUAGAGCAGAGGCUGGAGACUGUGCAGGACAUCCUGCUUUUGAAGGGGGAGGGGGAAGUCAAGCUGAAUAUGGCGUUGGGUAAGGGUGAGUUGGCCCUGCGCAGCUAUGGAGCCGCCGGACAGGAAGUGGUCCGCUCUCAGCUACAGGAAGUGGAGGAUGCAUGGGCCACACUGCUUGUGACUGCCAUGAGCUGCCACAGUCGACUAGAGUGGACCGUGUCACAGUGGGGAGGAUACCUGGAGAGUGCUGCCCAACUGCGGUGCUGGAUGGAGGCUGUAGAGAGGGAAGUGUGUGCCCCUCUCACCCCCCAGCCAGGGCCCAGAGAAAAGGCCUCCCAGCUAGAGAGACUCAGAGCCCUGCUGGCUGAUCUUGAAGACCACCAGGUGGCCCUGUCCAGUCUGGAAGAAAAAGCCAGAGAACUGUUCAAGAAGACUGGAGAUGCCAGCUUUAAUCAUUGUGCCCGCACCCAGCUGCAGGUGCAGUUUGAUGACCUCACAGCCUUGGUGGAGGAGAGAGUACGUCUAGCACAGGCCGUGGUGUUGGAACACCAAGAAUACCUGGAGGCUGUUAGGGAUCUCACUGAUUGGCUGAUGACCGCUGGAGAGGAGCUACAUCAUUGGUCUGAUACAUCAGGAGACUCUGCCUCAAUCAAAAAGAAACUGUCAGAAGUGAGGGAGCGCGUGGAGUGUCGGCUACUAGAGGGCCGAGAUCGCCUCAGCCGGGUGCGUCGGAGCGCAGCGUCAACGGCAGAGCACACGGCAGCGGGUGGCUGCGAAGCCAUGGACCGACAGCUGGGGGCGCUGUCCCAGGCUCUGGAGCAAUGGGAGGGGGCUGCCCUGAGGGCCAGGGACGGCCUGGAGGGGGCCCUGGCCACUGCUGCAGCUUCAGAAGAGGAAUAUGACCGUCUGACUGCCCAGCUGGAAGACGAGUUGAAAGAGCUGGAUGGACGGCUAAGGGGGUGGAGCCAGGAGCUGAUUAAAGCUGAAGGGUGGAGCAACGGCGAGGAAGCAGUGGAGGGAUGGCAGCUGGCUAAGGUAUAG